UGUAGUGUCCAACAGCCCUUUCAUUCUUGCGACGAAGGCAAGCCAUCGAGCGAACGCAAUGAUUCGCACUACCUCCAUCCGCCUCCGCCUCCACUUCUCCUCUCCGUUUCGGUUUUCCACCUCUGCCGUCGCCUCUCCCCUCUCCGACGCCGUCUUUCCUUCCUCUGCCGGCGCCCCGCUCACUCAAGAGUCCGUCCUCUACGUCCUCAAUAAGCUCGACAGAAAGCCCCAGCAAGCUCUCUCCUUUUUCCGCUCCGUUACGGAUCAGCACCGCUUCGCCCCCGGCCCUCCAGCCUACAACCUCAUGCUCCGCAUCCUUUGCUACCCUGACCACCUCACCGACUUCUGGGCCUUCCUCAAGUCUAUGCGCGACGCUGGCCACGCUAUCGACCAAGGCACCUACUUAACCCUACUUGCCAACUUCAAGAAGCACAAACUACCCCACGAGCCCAAUGCCCUCUCCAAAUACUACCGCCGGACAGCUAAAGAAGCCGCCUCUGAAGCUUCCGUCUCCGCUGCCGCCACAGCCAUCCUCGAAUCUGAGAACUGGAACGAUGAGGAGGGGAAGAAGUUGGACCUUAUUUUUUCGGAGGCCACGGUCUCCAAGGUUCUUCGAGAGGUCCGGGAUCGUCCUGAGAAGGCCCUGGACUUCUUCCGGUUGGCUGAAAGGAGGUCAGAUUACGAACACGGUUCCGUCGCGUACAACGCUCUCAUCCGGGUGAUGGCUCGGGAGGAGUCCAUGGGGCAAUUCUGGAGCUUGAUCCAGGAGAUGAAGGACAAGGGGCACGAGCUAGACAUCGACACGUACGUAAAAGUAUCCCGGCAUUUCAUCAAGCACAAGAUGAUGAAUGCGGCGGUGGAACUGUACGAGCUGAUGAUGGAUGGGCCUUACAAGCCGGCGAUUCAGGACUGCGGCAUUCUGCUGAGGCAGAUUGCGCUCAGCGGCGCUCCGGAUCUCGACUUGGUCCAUAGAGUCGUGAGGAAGUACGAGGCGUCUGGGUAUUCCUUGUCGAAGGUGGUCUACGAUGGCAUCCAUCGUUCUCUCACCACCAUUGGUAAGUUUGAUGACGCCAACGAGAUCCUGGAGAGAAUGAAGCUUGACGGCUAUGAGCCGGACAACAUCACGUAUAGCCAGUUGGUUUUUGGACUCUGUAAGGCUAAGAGACUUGAUGAUGCCCGCAAUGUGCUCGAUGUAAUGGAGAUUGCUGGUUGCAUUCCUGAUGUCAAAACCUGGACGAUCCUGAUACAAGGUCACUGCAAUGCUGGUGAAGUCGAGAAAGCCCAGGAGCUAUUUGCGAAGAUGAUUGAAAAGAACUGUGAAGCUGAUGGAGAUGUUCUGGACGUUAUGGUGAGAGGCUUGUGCAGUAAGAAUAUGGCUGAUGCUGGUUAUAGACUUUUCUAUGAGAUGGUGGAGAGAGCACAUAUGAAGCCCUGGCAAGAAACUUAUAAGUUCUUGAUUCAACAAUUGUUGAGGUCAGGGAUGCUUGAAGAGGCAUUGAAGCUUCUGAGGUCGAUGAUGGUCCACAGAUUUCCUCCGUAUUCAGCUCCCUUUCCUUUCUAUAUAUCCAGGCAUGGGACAAUUGAAGAUGCCAAGGAAUUUCUGAAAGCAUUGACCAUGAACAACUAUCCAUCCCCUAUGGUUUAUUUACAAGUGUUCCAGUCCCUCUUCGAAGAAGGAAGGUAUUCAGAGGCUCAAGACAUACUUUUCAAAUGCCCUCAUCAUGUUCGUAAGCAUUCUGACAUAUCUAAACUCUUUGGUUCUAUUAAAACUGAGAAAGCUUCUUGAUGUAGGUUAACUUGGUCAAUACUUUAGUUUGGUUGUUUUUGUGUCAUUCACAUGCAAGCAAUUCUUAUAACCUUUAUCAACACCUGUUGCAGUUGUAUCUGAUAUA